CGUAUUUACAAGACAAACCCAAUCAAGGAAAAUGGACCACUAUUUAUCAUGCAUCAUGGUGCGGGAUCUUCAGCCUUGACAUUUGGAUUCACAGCAAAAUAUAUCAAGGAAUUGUCCAAUGGACAAUGUGGCGUGAUGGCGGUUGAUUGUCGAGGUCAUGGCGCAACAAACACUGAGAACAAUACCGAUUUCUCAUUAGAGUGUCUUUCGGACGAUUUAAUCCAUAUCAUUCAAGCAACUGUCAAAGAAACCCAAGAUAUCAUUCUUGUUGGUCACAGGUAA